AUGCGCAUAAACACCACCACUCGUGUGUGCUAGCAGUGUAAUAUUGAUCGGAGCUCGGCAUCGGAAUGUUGGUUGCGAUAAGAUAAGAGAAAUCGGGGCGCAGUUGAGCGUAAAACUCGUCAAGGAAGAGGCGUGAGCCCUAACGAGCAAUACGCAAGGGUGAAUUGAUUCAUUCACUUACCGUGCUUCGGGCUGUAAUCCUGAUACUGUGAUAUCAAUAUCAGAUCAGUUAGUUUGAACGGAUGGUAUUGGUAUGCUCGUGAAUCGUGAUGGCUGUCGAUUUCUGAGCUUGCUACACAUUGAAAAGGCUACAAGGUUUUAAAUCAUGGAAGAUCCGUUCUACCUUGUUCGAGAUGACGUAGUGAAGGCGCUGGCCAAGCUGCGCGGCCUGUACCAGCGGCGCAGUGAGCUCGAGUCGGUACCGGCCACCGCCGCCGAGCGUACCUGGACGGAAAGUGAGCUGUGUAACGCGCUGCGCAGCAUCGAGUGGGACGUCGAGGACCUCCAGGAGACAAUCGGUAUCGUCGAGAAGAACCAGAAGCAGUUCCGUCUGAGCGAGGCGGACCUGCAGGCGCGGCGCAGCUUCGUCAAGGCGACGCGGGACGAGCUGGACGCCCUGAAGGAGCGGCUGAGCCUGAACCGGGCCGCGGACACGGACCGCACCGCCCGACAGGAGCUAGAAGAAGCUGACGAGCUGCCUCCCGCAUACAACCCGCUGCUGGAGCAGCCCUCCAGCCCUCCGGAGCGGCCCCAGGCGCCGGCCAAACCAACCGGUGGCUCCUCCGGCGGUGGAUACAGCAGACUGCGGGAGGAUGAGCCGCCCGAGUCGCCGCUGCAGGAGCAGCGCCAGCAGCAGCGCCGCCUGGCGGGAGAACAGCAGCGCCACCUGGACAGGAUCGGCCAGUCGGUCGGCACACUGCGGGAUAUGUCGCAGCGGCUGGGCACUGAGGUCGACGACCAGAGCAUUAUGAUCGAGGACAUCACCCACGAGGUUGACGCCGCCCAGGGCAAGGUGGACACCACCAUGAGCCGAAUGAUGAAGGUCCUCAGGAUCUCCAACGACAAGCGGCAGUGGACGGCGAUCGGCGUCCUCUCGGGCAUCAUGCUGAUCGUCGUCCUCAUGUUCUUCUUCAUCUAGUCUUCCCGAUCCCGCCGCCACGAGCGGCAGGACGUGCCGCACAGAGUGGCUGGACAUGCUGAACGGGUGCCGUCAGGAGAGCGGCCUUCCUCCCACCGAGUGUGGUGGCGCCUGGGCUGGGGUUCGGCCCGGGAUACCGCCGUCCAUUGACUCCCAGUCAGCCGUGCAGUCUGUCGAGCUGGGUGGAGUCGAGUCUUACUGGGUCUGGGGAAAGAGCUUAAGUCAGAGAAGCAAUCGUAUACAGGUGAUAGAAUCGUAGAAUUAAGGCGCUUGGGCUACGCACACAGUCGUCACUGUGUGAAAAGUACAGCGACCAGUACACUACUAUACUAUGCCAAUGGGAAACGAAUAAGUGAUUGUGGCAAAUUGUAUAUUCAUCGAGCAUCAGCUGUGUAACGGUUAUAGCCUGAGUCGUGUGAAAUGAGCAUAGCAAUAGGAUGAUAGGCUGAAUUUCUCGUCGCGGUCUCCGCUCUCUAUAAUGCUGAUUUGUGACCGUCCACUUUAAACUAUGCAUGGGAGCUUAUUUGAUGCUUCGCUGGAUUUGCAUCUGCCUGCCUUUCGAAAGUGUGCGCGUAAAGACCCCCUGGUCGGUUGACCAUUCAUUCGCACAUUGCCUUCAUGGAUGAUGAAAUUUCUCUUGCUUGUCUUGUCUUAUUCUUCAGCACCACUUAGCUUAGCUUGGCACCAGAUAAAGGCGAGCCUCUAAGCAUAGAGGGUACGGGGUGUUAGUUCAUUAACCUGGCUGACCGGCCCAGGACGAGUCUUUCCAGACGAAAAGCUUCCUUGUGGCAUGUUUGAGCUUGUUCGCUAGGCAGCUGUUGCAUGAGGCUUUCGGUUUCUGCUAAACACGAGCCGACUUGGGACAUGAUAGGUAAUAUGAAUGUCCUCAUUGGCGGGUAUUUGAACUGUUUUUGCCUCGCGAUAUUUUCACACAGCUUGGUCGGCAAGUUCAAGUUUUUACUCCCUGCAAUGUUCCCCAAUCCAUAAAGUGCUCACGCGUGCUUAGUGCUUGUCAAGUAUAUUUUGCUCAACUCCUCCUCUCAUCUGUCCUUCUUGCUCAACUUCUGAUGCAUGGCCGUCAAAUAAGCAGCUCACCGACAUUCCUGUGAUUUUUUGUCGUGAAAUACUUGACGUGCUUAUUUACCAAUCAUGUAUUUAUAUAUGCGGUUCGAGCAUUUCGUUUAUUGUAAUCAAUCGUUCACGUUGCCUAUAGACAGAUGCUAUUAGCUUACAGCUGCGAUGCGCUUAGUACGGGGCCAGUGUUCCUGUUCAGUCUAUGCAUUGUAACUGAUUGUAAAAGACAACACACCGCGGUAGUGUUUUAUUCUCAGGUAGCUGUAGCACCGUCUUCAUUCCUGAAUCGGGCUUUAACGAUGGUGUUUGUGUCGGUGAUCGGUAUGAAAUCGUUAUGAUUAUUACACAGGUACGGGGUGUGAUUGUAUGCAGUGUAAUCCGUCUAGUCAUGGGCCGCUCGAUAUACGAUAACGGUACCGUGCUACCGGGUCGUGUGGGGCGCGGCGGGCGGCCGCUAAUUGCCUAAUAAACGGCGCACCGGUCCA